ACCAAACGAACAUUUUAAUGACACGCCUUUUUUUUUCUUUUUAAUUUUAGAAAUUUCAUUCAUGGAGUCCGUUAUAGGCCCAGUUCUUGAAAGUGUAGUAGGCGAACAUGUAGAUUGCCACAGAAACUUCCAAAAUGAUGUGGAUGAUCUCAGAAAAACAGUGGCAGUUCUAAAACGCAGAAGAAAUGAUAGAAUAGCAGAACUUAAAAUAGUGGAUGACUUGGAAAAACAAGUUAAAGAAGAAGUGCAGGGAUGGCUUGAAGAUGCAAGGAAGGUCAUUGAAAUUGAAAUGCCAGAUAUUGAAGAACAGGUGCAGAAUGUUUCAUACUUGUCACGUGGUAACCUUGGAAGACGUGUUCGUCAAAAGAUUCAAGAAGUGAGGGAAAUUUACGAUCGAGGUAGUUUCCCUGAAGGUCUUGUAAUUGAAAGGUCUCCAACUAUUGGAAUCACUUUGCCAACAGAGAAUAUGGUGGGCAAGGUUAAUGUGAAGGAAAAAAUUUGGGAAUACUUAAUGGGUCACGAGGUUGGAAUUAUUGGAGUUUGUGGAAUUGGUGGAGUUGGCAAAACCACUGUUAUGAAACACAUCCAUAAUGAAUUAUUGAAUGAGGCUAGCAGGUUUGAGAAGGUUGUCUGGGUUACAGUUUCACAUCCUCUCAAUGUUUUCAGAUUGCAAGAUGACAUUGCUAGGGCAAUGAAGAAAAGUCUUUCAGAUUGUUGGGAUGAAUUGAGCCGGGCAUCAAGACUAAUGGAGGCUAUGAAAACAGUUAAAUAUGCACUGAUCUUAGAUGAUGUAGUUAAAGUGCCACCUCUACCAGAGCAAGAGUCUUUGAACUUGUUUUUAGAUAAGGUUGGGCAAGAUGUUGUACGAAUUCCCAAUUUGGAAGAGAUUUUGAAGCUUAUGGUGGCUGAAUGCGCUGGUUUGCCAUUGGCCAUUGUUGUCAUUGCGGGAAGCAUGAGAGGAGUACAAGAUAUUUUUGAGUGGAGAAAUGCAUUACGUGAAUUGCGUCAAUGCGUGGUGGACACAGAGAAAGAUUCAGAGGAUGAGAUAUUUAAACGUUUGAAGUUCAGUUAUGACCGUCUACCAAAUUCAAGCAUCCAAGAAUGUUUCUUAUAUUGCUCAUUGCAUCCAGAAGAUUGGAAUAUUAGAAGAAAAGAUCUAAUUGAAAACUGGAUUUGUGAGGGAACUGUUCAAAAAUUAGGAAGCAGAAGAGAAAUGCAUGAUAAAGGAAAUGCUAUUUUAAAUAGGCUUUUAAACUGUUGUUUGUUAGAGGAAGCCUAUGAUAAGGCGUGUGUUAAGAUGCAUGAUGUUGUGAGGGACAUGGCAUUGCGCAUCAAGAGCACGGGUCCUGGUAUGUUUAUGGUAAAAGCUGGAAUGAGAUUGACAAAGAUACCGGAUGAGGAUGAAUGGAAUGAAGAUCUAGAUAAGGUCUCCCUCAUGAAAAAUGAAAUAUCAUAUAUCCCUCAAAAUAUGUCCCCCAAAUGCUUGAUGCUCUCAACCUUGAUUUUGGAGGGUAAUAACGAAUUGAGACAAAUUUCAGAGUGUUUUCUUGCUAACAUGCCCCGGCUAAAGUUUCUUGAUCUUUCUAGAACUGGCAUUGAGGUUCUACCUAAUUCCAUAUGUAACUUAGAAUAUCUCACUGCAUUGAUCCUCUGUGGAUGUAACCGUUUAGAAGGCAUGCCUUCCUUGUCAAAGCUUAAAGCACUGAAGAAGUUGGAUUUGGAUCGAGCAGGCCUUCGUGAGGCUCCUGAAGGCAUUGAAAUGUUAGAAAAUCUCGAAUAUCUUGAUUUAUUUUGUCCAAACCUGAGGGUGCCACCAAGAGGAAAAAUCAGUAAGCUCUUCCGCCUCCAACACCUACGUAAACAUCGGAUUUUUCCAACUGAAAUAAAAGGAGAAGAAGUAGCAGGAUUGAAGAUGCUGGAAUGGUUCGAAGGUAGAUUUGAUUGGGUGAAAGACUUCAGCAGUUUUGUUAGCAAGUUGAACCUUUUUGGAAGACCCAGUCAUUACUAUAUCAGGGUGGGAGGCACGGACAAACAUGGGGAGGGGCAUUUUUGGAAGUUCAACAAUAAUGAUCUUCCUAAACAGGUGAUUUUAUUCGAAUGCGAGAUUGGAGAAGAAGAUGAGUUGGUCCUUCCAGAUGACCUUCAGGAUUUGAGGAUUGAAUACUGCAAUAUGGUCGUUAUGAAUAACCUUGAAGUACUAACUCUUGAGCAUUUGCUUAGCUUGCGGGAUGUUGUGAAAGUGGAAAAAGCAAGAGCAUCGCUUGCACCGACAAUAUCCCUUCACAUCUUUUCCAAUCUUAAACAGCUGAGGGUAUUCUAUUGUUCAAAAUUGAAGAAGCUUUUUCCAUGUGAGCUGCUGCAGGGUCAGGGCCUCCAAAACUUGGAGCUGAUUGAGGUGACUUAUUGUGUGGGGAUGAAGGAAAUAAUAGGAUGGGAAGAAGAAGAGGAAGGAAAUCAAACAACUACUCCAAGAUUGAUCACUCUUCCAAAAUUAAGGAUAUUGAAGUUGCAAUGCCUACCAGAAUUGAAGAGAAUCUGCCCCAGAAGAGGAGUAAUGAUUUGUGAAUCUCUAAAUAGCAUCGAAAUAUUGACCUGUGUGAAGGUGAAUAGGAUUCCCCUUUGUCUAGGAAGGGAAAACGCACUUCCUGCUGUCAAACAUAUUUCUAUUUUCAAUCCAAAAAAAUGGUGGGAAUUGUUGGAGUGGGAGAAUCCUGAUGAUAAGAAUGUCCUCCUACCUUUCCUCCAAUAUACUCAGGAGCAAGAACCUGAAUGGAUUUCCUGAGUCAUCCAUUGAAUAUCAAUCUGGUCAAUCUGUGUCCACUUUCUAAUGCCCAGUCCAAGCUGCAUCUCUUACCAUCUCAAACCUAUUUCUUCAACUCAGCAACAUAUACAGCCAAGGAAAACAAAAAAAAUUAGGACUCACACUCGCUUCAAUCUAAUGCAAUCUCUGUUGUAAUUUGUUGUUUUGUACUAUGGAUAAACUUUGUUUAAUUAAUGCUUGUUUAGGUAAUAUUUGUUUUAUUUUGUGUUGUAAUAAGCAGUAAAACAGAUUUGAGAAA